AUGGGAUCAACACAGACUCACAUCCAUGAAGAUGAAGGCAGCAGAUCCUUUCAAGUCACUGAGCUGGGAGAUAAGCAGACUCUAACAGGCUUGAGAGAGGACAUUGUGCUGCUGUCGUGGCUCAUUGUGCUCCUGCGGACGCGGGAAGCAGGCCACAUUCGAUAUGAAUGGUCAUACACAGGUCAAGAGGAGGAGCCGGUGGCUACAACUCUCUCAAUGGAUGAAGUAAUGACAGGGUUGCAAAGCACACUUGCAGAGACUGCGGUCGCCAUCUCCCGUCAUAUUGCGACAGUCGCAUCGCCACAGGGCGUAAAGAUGUCUACCCCUCUAUCCCUCUUGUUGAGCAGUGGAUCCCUCUCUAAGACGUCGGAAGAAGCGAAAGAUGAGGUAAUUGAGUUGUUCAGCUUGGACCCCGCCAGGUGGCUGAUCAUAGCAGGGCCUGCUGCACCUCCAAAUCGCCUCAAUAUCCGGCCAGUAUGGCAUACCGAGAACAUCCUCCCAUUCACGGUGACGCGGCACAUCGAAUCCCUCGUUGACACUAUUAAACUAUGCCAAACAAACACCAACCUCUCUAUUGAAGACUGCCUCCGGCCGACGACAUAUGACCUGAAUGAAAUAUGGCGAUGGAACCACGAUCUUCCCCCAACGUACAGCUUUUGUAUGCACGAGAUGAUUUCCCAGCGAGCACAAGAAACAUCAGACAAAGAAGCGAUUGCCUCCUGGGACGGCAGCCUGACUUACGGUGAAAUUGACCGGUAUUCCAAUCAUGUCGCACACUCACUCAGGGAUAUGGGGGUGAAGUUACAUGACGUGAUCCCGGUAUGCUUCGAGAAGUCCAGAUGGACCGUUGUCGCCGUGCUUGGAGUAAUGAAAACCGGUGCAACCUUUGUUCUCAUGGACCCGACGCUACCGCUCGCUCGUCUCCAGAACAUGAGAGAGCAAGUCGGUGCCUCGACCAUGGUGGCCUCUCGCAAGCAGUAUAAGCUAGCGACGUCUGUCAUACCCGAUGGGAAGUUCUUCGUUGUGGAUGAGGCCGCUUUCACGUCUCUGCCAGAUACUCAAGACCCUCCACCACUGCCGCCUGUACCGUCUUCGGCCUUGAUGUAUAUUAUCUUUACGUCCGGCAGCACGGGCACCCCCAAGGGUGUCAAACUCUCCCACGAAACCUACACCAGUAGUGCCAUUCCUCGAGCCAAGGCAGUCGGAUACACGCCGAACUCGAGAGUCCUUGACUUUGCUUCAUACGCCUUCGAUGUGAGUAUCGACAGCAUGCUCUUGACUCUAGGCAACGGCGGCUGCCUCUGUAUUCCCUCCGACGAGGACCGACUCAACGAUAUCAAUUCGGCCAUCCGAAGAAUGCGGAUCAACUAUGCCGGCCUGACUCCUUCGGUAGCCCGAAUCUUGGACGCGGAUGUGAUUUCGUCGCUCGAGGGCCUUGGCCUUGGAGGUGAGGCUGUCUCCGCGAGAGAUGUGACGCUUUGGGGCAAGGAUACCAGAAUCAUCAUCGGGUACGGGCCAUGUGAGUGCACAAUCGGAUGCACAGUCAACAGCAGCGCUGCCACUGGCCGGGACUAUAUUUCCAUCGGACCGGGUAAUGGUGCGGCUAUGUGGAUCGUGGACCCGAAUGACCACGAAGUUCUCAUGCCGGUUGGCGCAGUGGGUGAGCUGCUGGUUGAGGGUCCCAUUGUCGGACAGGGAUAUCUCAACGAUCCUGAGAAGACCGCAGCUGCCUUCAUUGAAGACCCCUCCUGGCUUGUCGCAGGCCACAGUAGUUACACUGGUCGUCGGGGACGCUUAUAUAAGACCGGUGACCUGGGAAGGUAUGAUCCCGACGGUUCAGGUGGGAUUGUUUUCGUUGGACGCAAAGAUACGCAGGUCAAGCUGCGCGGACAGCGGGUGGAACUGGGAGAGAUUGAGAGCCAGCUUCGCGCCAGAUUGCCAUCGGACACCAACGUAAUCGCCGAGGUGAUUGUACCAACGGGAUCCGGAGGCCAACCGACCCUUGUCGCUUUCAUUGCACCUCAAGCCGUCAAGCAGGAGACCGACAUCACGCCACAGGAGCUUUCGGACGAGCUACGGGAAACACUUUCCAAAGCUGAUACAGAGAUCAAAACCGUUCUUCCUCGGUACAUGGUGCCUACUGCAUACAUCCCUGUCAACCACAUUCCCACCUUGAUUUCAGGCAAGACAGAUCGCAAGAGACUUCGGCAAUUUGGUACCACCGUUGACUUGCGCCAACUCGACCAAGGUAGACAGAAGACCGCUAACCGGGAUCUGAGUGAGCUCGAGCAGCGGUUAAGACAGGCCUGGAGCCAGACCCUCAAGCAAGAGGCCGAGUCGAUUCGUCUGGAAGACAACUUCUUUGCUUUAGGCGGUGAUUCAUUGACGGCAAUGAAGCUCGUUUCUGUCUGCAGAGAUCAAGGUCUCGACCUCACAGUCGCCGAUGCGUUUGGCCAUCCGACUCUGUCGGCAAUGGCCGCCAUCGUGCGUACUUGCGAGUUGCAGACGCACACAGAAGUGUCACCAUUUUCAUUGAUUUCCCAAGAAGUGGAAAGCGCGUGCGAGGAAGCGGCACAGGCGUGUGAAGUGGAAAAAUCUGCUGUCGAAGACAUCUACCCCUGCACUCCCACACAGGAGUCCCUCUUUACUUUCUCGCUGAAAUCCGUCAAAGUAUACGUCGCGCAGAGAGUGGCUUGCAUUCCAUCACAUAUUGAUCUGGAAAUAUGGAAAAAUGCAUGGGAAGAGGUUGUCAAUGCUAUCCCCAUUUUGCGGACUCGUGUCGCCCAGCUGCAGGAGCCGGGACUGCAGCAGGUUGUGCUGAGGGAACCCAUUACUUGGAGAGACGCAACCAAUCUGGCUGAAUACCUCGAGACAGACCGAGUUGAGAGGAUGGACCUCGGCCAGAGACUUGCCCGAUAUGCCAUCAUCGACGACUCAGCCGAUGGCAACCGAUACAUGGUCUGGACAGUCCACCAUGUUCUAUACGACGGCUGGUCGGAGCCACGCAUUCUGCAGCAAAUUAGCAACGUUCUGCAAUCUCAAAUUAUUGAGACCCAGACGCAGAUGCGGGAUUUUGUCAAGCAUUUCCGCGACACGGACGAUGCUGCCAUGCAGGAGUUCUGGCGCCGCGAACUGAACGGCGCAGUGGGUCCUCAGUUCCCACGGCUGCCCUCGAGAGAUUUCCUGCCUACCCCUGACGGCAUGAUUGAGCGCCAGAUUCCACUCGAGACCGCUGCCGGAUCGCCGUUCACGAUGGCUACCCUGAUUCGCGGUGCGUGGGCACUCGUGGCGUCGCAGUACUCCGGCAGCGAUGAUGUCGUGUUCGGCGAGACCCUGACUGGUCGCGACAUUCCGCUCCCUGGGGUCGAAAGUAUCGUCGGUCCCCUGAUUGCGACGGUGCCAGUGCGUGUUCGGAUCCACCGCACAAGCUCGGUGGAGACAUAUCUGCAGAGCGUUCAGCAAGGUCUCUUGGCCCGCACACCGUAUCAGCACAUGGGUAUGCAGAAUAUCCGGAAGGUCAGCCAUGAUGCGCAGCAUGCCUGUGAAGCUCCGACAGGCUUGGUCGUGCAGCCAGAGCCCGAAUACGUGGGCAGUGAGCUCGGAUUCAAGACCGGGGAUGUUGUCAGGGAAGCCCUACAUUUUAACCCAUACCCGUUGAUGCUGGCCUUCGGUAUUCGCAAGGGCGGAUUCAGGGUUUGCGCCAGCUUUGACACUAGCUUGAUUGAAAUUUCUCAGAUGGAGCGGAUCCUUGCACAAUUGGAGACGGCCUGCUCGCAGUUGAGCGGUGAUGUUUCGAGAAGGAUCAGCGAGAUAUCUUGCUUGCCAGGGGCUGAAUUGGAUCAGAUUUGGGGAUGGAACCAGACUGCCCCAUUGUCUCUGGACGAGUCAACCCGCAAGCUUCGCGCGGAUCCAGGCCUCCAGCCGGGCUCAACGUAUCCGCCUGCUGUCGUGCCCUGGGUAUGCGACCCCCGGAACCCAGCUCUGCUCUCUCCCAUCGGUUGCGUUGGCGAACUCUGGCUUGAAGGGGUCUUUCUGUCUGGCGAUAUCGUAGAUUCACCUGCUUGGUUGGCCGCUGGCACACCUACUUUCCCAGGUCGGAGUGGAAAAUUGCAAUCAGCCGGCGAUAUGGUCCAGUUACGCGAUGAUGGUAGCCUGGUUUUCGUUGGUCGGAAAGAGAAUGUCGUCGGAGUUCAAGGGCAUGCGCUCGACAUCGCAGAUCUCGAGGCUCACUUGACGAGAAAGCUCCCGUCAACUGUUCGUACAGCAGCAGCAGUAGCCCAAGCAUCCACAAAGGGUGAGGACGCGCAAAAUCAGGAGCUGGUUGUCUUCGUCGAGCAACAACCCUCGCAGGAAGGGUGUGUGGAUAUUCUACCGAAGGAUCUUGAGAUUUCCUGCGAGAGCUUCGAGACGACUAUCCUUUAUGGAGUUUCCACUACUUUGAUCGCUGCACUCAAGAAACUCGACAGGUUUAUGCAUGACUCUCUGCCGUCGUAUAUGGUUCCCUCUGUGUAUGUCGUGGUGAAUAAGCUCCCCCAACAAUUGGACCACGGUCUACUCAACCAGCUCGCCUCAAAGAUACCGCGUGAAACCAUCGCUCAGCUUCAGCAAGGUCUCAAAGACGCCUGGUCGAAAACCUCACUACAAACCAGCCUGUCAGCUGCGGAAAACAUCCUGCAGUCAUCAUGGGCCGAGAUCCUCAAGAUUGAGCCGGAGCAGAUCGAUGUCGAUGACAACUUCUUCCGUCUCGGCGGUGAUUCUGUCCUUGCAAUGAAAGUCGUUUCAUUCCUUCGUUCUCAAGGACACCGUUUGACUGUGGCCGAUAUCUUCCAGAACAUGCGGCUUGGCGAUGCUGCAAAGGUGCUGAAGAUGGGCGCAGUGUCGAUGAAGAAUAGCCAGACAUAUAAGGCUUUCUCAACGGUUGGAGACGUGAACCUUGAGAAAUUCCUAUCUGAAAUUGUCCGACCACAGCUGGCUGAUGCAAACUGGUCGAUUCGCGAUAUCGCCCCUGUGACUGAUUCUCAAGCCCUCGAUAUCAGAGCGACAAUCCAGCCGCCACGAACCUCAGUCCAGUACACGAUGCUGUACUUUGACCACGGCAUUGAUAGGCCGAAGCUGCUUUCUGCCUGCACUGCAUUGGUCAGGGCACACGAGGUUCUGCGUACUGUUUUCAUCGAGCAUGAAUCGGCCUUCUUCCAAGUAGUCGUGGAAGCGAUGGAUGCUCCUGUGAUCAUGCACAAGGCCGAGGGAGAUCUGGAUCAAUUUGUUGUAGAUCUCUGCAAAACCUACAUCGAGUCAGAGUUCCAGCUGGGCUCCUCAUUUAUCAAAAUUGUCCACGUGGAAGGCAGUGAUGGUAAGGAGUGUUUGGUUCUUGGUCUCUCGCACGCGCAAUACGACGGCGUUUCCCUUCCCAGACUUCUUCGAGAUCUUGAGACUCUGUAUGCUGGAGGAAAGAUUGUCGACUAUGAGCCGUUCACAUCGUACAUGGGCUAUACCCUCAGAGAGCCGGUGAAAACAAAAGCCCUCAGCUACUGGCAAACCCUCCUGGAGAACUCGUCUCUGUCUGUCCUUGACACCUCCGCUCAAGCCACGGACAAGUCCAUCUUCCACACCAAAGCCGUCGACGUCCAACCCCUUGCGGACAUUACGACAGCCAACCUGCUUACUGCAGCUUGGGCCCUUGUCCUCGCUCGCCGCCUCCAGACCGCAGACGUGACAUUUGGCAGCGUCACCUCCGGCCGGACCAUCGACAUGCCCAACGUUGAGAAUGUCAUUGGCCCUUGCUACCAGCUCACGCCCGUGCGUGUGCCAUUCAACCCUGAGUGGACGGCCAUGGACUUACUGCGCUUCGUUCAGAAGCAAAGUGUCGAGUCCGCAGUGCACGACUUCCUGGGCUUCCAGAAGAUUGCUAAGCAAGCGCAAUGGCCGACAGAGUUCUUCGACUCGAUUGUGCACCAUCAGGAUCACGAGGACUUCGAUGCCAUGCCAUUCGCCAGGGGCAGCUGCCGGGUUGAUAUCUCGAACCCUCAUGGAGAUGCUGCGUAUCCUAUCAAGGCUGUCUCGUUUGUUCGUGGAGGAAAGAUGCAUGUGGGGGUCGUUGGGAGUGAAAAAGAGGUCGAGUUUGUGGAUGGCAUCCUGGAUGAAUUGGCUGAAGCUGUUCAGACGUUGGGAAGGCGCCCAGAGGGAUUAUUGUUUGACAAUUAG